AUGAUUGCGAGGCCGUGGACAGACGACUUACCGAAAUGCAAAAAUUCUUGUGUCGCAUCAUAUUUUUCGAGAUUGGGAGGAGGAAAUACAAAUACCACUGAUGAUUACCUGUGUUUUUACUGCCAGACUGAAGAUAAUUUUUCCCUCUAUGGAGUCUUUGAACCACACAAUGGGCUGGACGCAGCAAGGUUCAUCAUGCAGAGGAUGGCUGCUGAGAUACUGUUCCCGCCACCAUCAGCUAACACUGACGAGGAGAUUAGAGAAAGACUGAGGAACGCAUUUAUAUCAGUAGAGAAAGCGUACAUAGAGAACUAUGACGGUAUGAUAGCGGAGAGAACAAGUCUACAGUAUCAGCUGCAGACACUUAAUGAAACACAGGUAUCCCAAAACUACAACAUCUUGGCCCGUCUAAAGGAGAUAGACGUACACCUGUCAGGCGGUGCAGCGGUAGUGAUAGCACUGGUACACGCCAACAAACUGUUCGUGGCACACGUGGGGGACACCAGGGCGUUACUCUGCAGGACUGAUGACAACGCAGUGCUGAGGGUCGUGCAACUCACCGUGGAUCAUAGUUUGAAUAAUGAAGAUGAGUUGUUGCGGUUACAGCAGUUGGGACUUGAUGUUAAUAAAUUGAGGAAUUCACAAUACCUGGGCAACCAGACCGGUACGCGAUGCCUGGGUAACUACCUAGUCAAAGGACUAUACAAGGCCUUCCCUACAAUCAGUGCUGCCGUCACAGAGCCGGUCAUAGCAGCUCCUGAAAUACAUGGGCCUAUUAUACUGGACGAGUCUUGCAGAUUCCUAGUCCUAGUAAGCGCAGGAGUGUACAAGCGCAUUCAAGAAGCUAAAGGCAGCUACGAACAAACCAACAAGCAGUUAGCACAGAUAAUAGUAGAGAACUUCAGAAAACAGGACUUUAGGAUGGUCAGCCAAUCAGUGCUUGAGGAAAUUGAGCAAGAAUUCGUAUCUUACUGCGUUAAGAAUAGUCUUACACCUAAACCAAACACACACAUGUCAUUAUUGAUAAGAAAUUUCAAUUUUUUGCCCACAAAUGAAGAUGAAAUCCCACCAACUCACAGUGUAACGAAAAACGCGUCAGUCCGAUUCAAUCCGAUUGUUCAAUCAAAAUCGAACACGUUACUCAACGAAAUCGAUUCUGAAAUUUACUCGUCUGGCACAAACGAGAUUGAGACGACGAACGAUUCUAAUAUCGAUACUAAUCGGUCUAUUGAAUCGACUUCGGAUAUCUAUCCUGUGGGCAGGCCGUUUGAUAGGGAUCGGAAAAUCAAGGGUUAUGUUGACUUUUCAUGUUAUUUUGAAAAUGUGGCUAAGGCUAGGAAGAAUGGGACAUUGCCUGAUUUUAUUAAAUGA